AUGCCUUUUCUCAAGAUCGGCGAUAAGAAGAUCCACUAUGCAGACCUGAAGCUGGAGGGCACGGAUGUGCUGGAGACCUUCAUCUUCGUGCACGGCCUUGGGUCAUCACAGAACUACUACCAUGCAGUGGCAGAGCGUCUACGUGCAAAUGGAUUCCGAUGCAUCAUCUUCGACAACUAUGGUGCAGGCAGAUCGCCAUACACAGGCGAGCAGUCGAGCAUCCAGAGCCUCGCGGACGACAUCAUUAGUAUACUCGAUGCGCUCGACGUAUCGAAAGCAAUUGUUGUAGGCCACAGUAUGGGCGGCAUUGUAGCUGCUCAUCUCGCAGCUGAAUGCAGCGAUCGAGUCGUUGCCGCGGUUCUGAUUGGUCCAGUGUACCCUAACGAAGGUGUUACCCCCGUAUUCGAGAAGCGAAUUGAGGCUGUUCAGAAAGACGGUAUGCAGCCCAUGGCUGAUACUGUCCCUCAAGCAGCUGUUGGAUCAAAGGCUUCUCCCUUGGCAUCGGCGUUCAUUCGAGAGCUCCUUCUUGGUCAGAACCCUGCUGGCUACUGCAACAAUUGUCGUGUGAUUAUCAAUGCCAAACCGCCGAACUACAGCAAGAUCAGAAUCCCCAUCUUGAUCCUGGCUGGCGAGGAGGACAAGAGCGCACCAUUCGAGGGCUGCAAGAAGAUGUUCGAGGAGAUGGGUACGAGCGAAAAGAAGCUCGAAGUUAUGAAGGGUAUCGGUCACUGGCACUGCCUCGAAGCAUUCGAAGAUGUGGCUGAGCUGAUCGAGGGGUUCUAUCACGAGAUCCAGUGA